GCGCCGUGCCCUGUCUAUGGUAGGGUCGCGUUGACGCCAUCAAUCCGCGCUUGUCCUCCUCCUCUCAAGAUGGCGACUUUGGCUUUCGCCUUGGCCAGAGUUGGGCUGCGGAAGGGGCCGUUGCUGGAAGGAUGGCGGCAGCGACUCUUGACGGCGGCUCACACGAGGCAAGCUUCAGCAGAAACCAGCUCUACAGAACAGAAAUAUCCAGGGAUUAUUGAAUCUACUAAUGAAUAUAGGUUUGUGGAGAGACUUAUACCUCCCUCCAGAGUACCAGUACCCCCGAAACAUGACAGUUAUCCCACCCCUUCUGGAUGGAGCCCACCUCAAGACCCACCUCCUGACCUUCCUUAUUUUGUAAGGAGGUCGCGAAUGCACAAUAUCCCAGUUUACACAGAUACUACCUUCAGAGGGUGCAGGAAGAUGACGGUCAUCAGAAAGAUUGAAGGCGAUAUUUGGGCCCUUGAAAAUGAAGUGAAGGAAUUCAUCACACAGCUGUCUGGGCAGACAGCAGUCACCCAAGUGAAUGAAGUUUCCUGCAUGAUUCGCGUCAAGGGAUUUUUUGAGCAGGAAUUAAAAAAGUGGUUGUUGGAAAAAGGCUUUUAAAUAAAUGAGAGAUAUUCUCACUAGUUUUUUA